UGGGCUCUGAAGAAGCUUUCCUUAUCCUUAAAAAUUGGUGGCGUUGUGAGCGAAAAGAGGUUUGCCUUAAAACCCUCUUCCCAGUACUACUUCCAACUUCAGCUACAAAUGUUUGUGAGUAAGUUUUCCUUGAAUAUCUUAGUCGUGUGGACAAAAAAAGGUGUCUUUGCUGUUGACGUGCCUCUCAAUCCAAGUUUCAUGACUAAAACUUGUGUUCCAAGCUUGAGAUGUUUUUGUCUCAGCAGCUUCUCACUUUCAUGAUGAAUAACUUAGUUUCACACUGCUUUUUUUCCUGGUAUAUAGCCUUUUUCUAAUUAUGAUUUCAAAUAAUUAAUUUGUAAUUUUUUAUUUUUUAACAUUUUUCAGAGUUCUGAUCUCCACACAAAGAUGGAUAAAUUAUAAGGUCACCCAGCCGGAGAUUUCCAUGACAGUGAUACUGAUAUGUUGUCAUCUAUUUUUUUUAUUAGACUCAACAAAUGAAAAUGAAGAUUCCUCAUCUCUAAAAAGCUGUAGUUCACAGACAAUCAGUUCUGCAGCUCAGCAGCCA